GUUCCCCGUAGAAACACGGGCUGUUAUUGUGUCCGGACUAGCGGGAGAGGAUGAAGUUCAGCAGCAUUUCGCUGACUCUAAUUUGAAGCAUCCACUACGUUUGCUUUCGGAAGUUUGAAGCUACUGAACUUCUGUCUCACUAUGGCAGACUUCCCAGAUAAAGUCAACACUCAUACCAGUAUGAGGACUCACGUUAGUCCCAGGUUCUCCCCAAUCGGAGUGGAUGUCUGUUUCCUGAAAUCCUCGAUUGGAAUAUUGAUGAUAGUGGAAUUGGUUUUUGGCUUGUUGGUAUGGGCGCUGAUUGCGGGUUCAAGAAUCUCAAGUGGUGAUGGUGCCUUUGGAUGGGUGAUCUUUGUGGCCAUCUUCCUGUGGAUACUCACCAUUGUUAUCUUCGUUUUCUACCUGUUGAGCCUGACGCCUAAACUGCCAAUGGUGCCUUGGGCUCAUCUGAGUCUGUAUUUUAACUUGGGUGCUACAGUUCUGUACUUAACUGCCUUCAUUACCAAUGCAUCAUCAGUUGACCCAACAUCUAUUAAAGGGUCUUACAAAUACAACAACCGAGCAGCUGCUGCGUUCUUUGCAGGUGUGGUGAUGAUAUCAUAUGGAGUAAGCACCUUCCUCUGCAUGCUGUCAUUGCGAGGGCGUGGGAGCAAUGCAGCAACAAGUCAGGCCACUGGAAAUAAUUCAGCAUAGACUUUUUCAUCAAGGUGGAGGUCACAACAUAUUCUGUCAUACACUUUUGCAAUGAUGAGCAGAUUGUGUUGUCUCACCUUUUGCCAAAGGCACACUCCAUUCCAGCUCCUCACUCGGGUGGUUACAGCCUCUACGUACACUGCAGUUACCAAGGACCAGAAUAAUUCACCUGGAGUUUUUAUUUUGGGUUUCUUCGACUCCUCUUUUUGAUAUUAUUGCAACUUUUCUUGUGGUUUUACCCUCUAUAAUAUUGCCUCUAUAAUACUGAGUUCACUAUACUCUCAUCAGUUUUUAUUCUCACAUGAGGAAUUACAUGUGUAUCCCAACUGCAUGGAAGUGAACUGCAUCACAAGCGUCUCAAAGUAUCUACCUGCACAACAGUCCUGAGUGUUGCUUCAGUACCUUUAAGAAGUUGUACUUUUUGGCUGCUCUGCAGGAUUGGGUAAAGAUGGUGUGGUGCUUGGCUGUUCAGACCGGAAGGCCUUGGGCUUAAUUCUUGGUCUGUUGGCUUAUCUAGGGUAGGGCAGCAGAUAUACUGAGUGUCCUUAAGUUAGUCAGGGGUGGGGGGAAAACCAGUUAACCACCUGGUCCCGAUCAUUAUCCAGUGGCACUUGCUAUUAAGUGUUUCUGUGUGGGAUGUUAAGUGAGACUCGGCUGUGAUUCCUUUCGUGAUUGGACAGCCUGCCAGUGUCCUGUGUUAUAAGUUCACAGGUAGAACUGUAUCUCAGAAUGCAAUACUGAGAGAACAUUGAAAAUCCAACUGUGCUUUCCAAAGGAAAUGGUCGCAAUCUUUGUCAUAAAAGCACACAGUACAACUUAAUCAUAUAUACUGUAAAUAUAUCUGAGAUUGAGAAUGUAGGUUUUUCAAAUUACUCUGCAAGUCCUUCCUUGAAUCUAUAAAGAAUGCAGAAGUUUCCAACUUUUACUGUAACUGAACAUCCUGCCUUGCCCAUUUAAUCAUACUCUGCCAGUAUUACUGUGGAAUACCAUGAGCUGCUCAGUAACAAACUUUUUCAGAGUGAGUAGAAUCUUAUAUGUUUAAAGGAGUGAAAACUAUUGUGUGAACUUAGUAGAAAGACUUACAAAAUUUUUUUAUUGUUAUUGGUACUGUCAUCAACCGGGCAGUACAGACAUGUUAGGACUCCAAUCUAUAAAACCAAGAUUAUUGGUAUAGGGCAGUGGGGAAGGAGAAAGAGGGAGGGGCUCUGCAGUCCUGAGUGUUGCUGAUGUGCUAACCUCACCUGUGCUGUUAUGGAGAAACCGGAGGAGGAAUUCCGAGAGUGUUCAAGUUGCAGAGAGUGCCCAGGAACAUGAUGCUCAUCUCUAAGUUACAGUAGACAUGUGACCCAGGAAACUUCAGCCUUAUUGGAAUAUAAAUUGAAUAAAAGAUAUUUGGUGGUGUUAAAUAAGAAAAUGUAAAGAAAUAAUCCAGGGUACUGAACCGAGCUAUAAUCAAAAAACAAAAUGGACACCAUGCAUACAAGAUAUUAGGAAGAGGUGAUGAGAAGAUUGGUCAAAGCAGAGUGUUAAAAGGAGGAGAGGGAGAUGGACAUGAUGGAUUGAGUGAAGGAAUCCAGAGCAUGGCAUCUUGUUGUUUGAAGCCAUUCCUGGCAAUGCUCAAAUGAAGGAAAAGGGAAUGCACAAGAGGCCAGAGUCAGAGGAAUGGUGUGUUGGAGGGCUGAAGGAGGUUAGAGAUUGUCGCUUGGUAGUACAGAGCUUGAGUAUUGCUUGAAGAGAUCCUGUCAAAGUUUUUCUUGCACUCAUCAGGGUAGAUGCAAGAAUACCAAAUUUCAAAGGGAGCAACAAUUUAUACUGCCAGAGAAAAGGGUGCUGAUUGGUUGGCAAGUCCACUCUGGCUGAGGUGUUGCUGGAGAAAGCAAUCAGUCAGUCAGUUUGCCUACCAAUCAGCACCCUUUUGUCCGGCAGCAUAAAUUGUUGUGAUUGCUUCAAAUUUGGCAUUCUUGCAAUUGUCUUGAUAAGUAGAAGACAAAAAGCUUUGGCAACGUACCCCUCUUAAGCAAUCUUCAGGUUAGACAUUGUUCGUUGAACAGGACCGAGGUGGUGAACAUUUUUGUAGCGUUUGGUCAGAAUUAAACAAACACUACACAUGUAUGUGCUGUAUCAAUUAAAAAUUAGUAUUGGGUGAAGGAGGAAAGAAAAUUAAAUAGUGCAAGGAUUACAACAGCAAUCUUUCAGAGUUUUUACAAGUUUUGUUUUCACUAGUUUAGAGUCUAAACACAAACCUUUGUGAUCAUUGCAGAAAAAAUAUUUCUUCAAAUAUAAUGUAACAUAAAGCUG